AUGUCAACAGCCCUGAGUUCAUUUGGUGGAAGAAGAGAAAGUCCAUAUGGAAUUGAACUUGUUGAACAUGAUGGUUUCUUCUAUGACGACAUAAUUCUGGAUGGAGUGAUGAAUAUGUACUCCCAAUUCAAAGCACGGGAGGACGAUGUGUUUUUGUGCUCUGGAAUGAAGACGGGGACCACCUGGCUGAAAGCUAUCGUAGCCAGCAUCGUGAGUGAAAGUGCCUUAGCACCCAUCUCUGCUCUUCCAUCUCAACUCACGUCUAUGGGGUGCCGAAUCAUUUAUAUUGCUCGAAAUCCCAAGGACACUUUCGUUUCCCACUGGAAGUUCUUGCCUGCAUUGCAAAAUAUCUUAAAUGUUGAAACGACAUCUCUAGCUUCCAAGGAGAGAAACAGUCCCAUCGAACUUCGUGCACCGUCUCCUCGGCUUGUCCAUGUUUUUAUGCAGUGUCCAAAUACGUCAUUUUAG